GCCCACACCAUAACAAUGCAGCUCGCCGGUUGCCGCCGUUGCCACUCGGCUUCGCUCUCGCAGUGUCUUUCUUUUUGAAUGAAGAAAGCGAGGGACUGUCUUCUCAAAACCUUUCGCAGAACCUUCUUCACUCUCCAAAACCCUAAACCCCAGAUGGAAGAUCUGCCAGAAAGAUACAGUUACAAUCCUGUUUUGAUAUGGAAUCCUCAAGUGGAGGAGUAUUUCGUGAAAGCUUACGGAGCAGAGCAUUUCUCCCACAUUUCUAAAGCUCUCACGCGUCCGUCUUGUUACUCAUGUAUACGUGUAAAUACACUCAAGUCCACAACCGAUACUGUUAUCGAGAAGUUAUCAACAAUUGUUAAAGAGAUGGGAUGUUCGAAUUCUGAAAACAAAACAUUAGUGGGUGGUGAUGUUGAUGCCAAUGGUAUUGACCUUAUGCAAAGUGACAGUCGGAGGGCCUCAAUGAAGAUUGAAGAUGAGAAAAAACCAGUUACUGAAAAGUUUCAACAUCCAUCCAUCUCAAGGUGUCAGGUACCUGGGCUAGACUAUGUUGUAUUUGUAAGGGGUUCAGGACCACACACAAUUGAUUAUGGUUAUGCAAAUGGCAGACCUCCAAAAGAAGUGAUUGUGAGUCGAAAAUGUGCUGAGGCAGUUCUUCGUGGAGCUCAGGUUUAUGUUCCCGGUGUUAUGGCUUGCAGUGCUCAUGUUGAGAAAGGGGAUGCAGUUGCUGUUUCAGUUGCCGUGGAGCAGCGUGGGGUUGAUGGUGGAUGGAGUCUUGGUAUUACUCGAGGGACUGUUGUGCAGGGCUUACCGACCGAUCCUUAUCACUCUGAAAGGAAUGGAUUAUAUAUUGGUCAAGGAACAACAGCAAUGUCAAGGGCCGGUAUUUUUCGUGUUUCAGGAGGAAUUGCUGUGGACAUGAAUAAUAGAGUAUUUAAACUACCAUCCUUUUAUGAUGUGCUCGAGGGAGAGAUCUUUCUUCAAAACCUGCCAAGCAUUGUCACUGCUCAUGCUUUAGAUCCACAAAAAGGUGAACGCAUAUUAGACAUGUGUGCGGCACCUGGAGGGAAAACAACUGCAAUUGCAAUCCUUAUGAAGGAUGAAGGGGAGGUCAUUGCUGCUGAUAGGUCUCACAAUAAGGUGAUGGAUAUUCAAAAAUUGGCUGCUGAAAUGGGGUUGAGCUGCAUCGCAACCUACAAGCUUGAUGCUCUCAAAUCUGUGAAUCGAAAUGUUGAUUCCUGCAAGGGCACUGCUUCUGUUUGCAUUGAUGCCAAUGAUGGUGUUGUGAACAAUAGCUCCAAUUCAAUGAAUCUCGACAAUGUAGAACCAUCCUCAGUUACUGAAGUGUCGGAAGUUGACAAGACUAAAAUGCAGAAUGCCAAACAAAAAAUGAAUGGUUGGAGACCACGGAAUGGUCCAGGAAGAAAUCAAUGCAUGGGCGGUAGAGCUGAAAACUCAAGAGGUUUUGCCCCCAACAGCUUUGACAGAGUCCUUCUUGAUGCUCCUUGUUCAGCCCUUGGUUUAAGACCUCGAAUAUUUGCUGGGGAGGAAACAAUUGCAUCGUUGAGGAACCAUGCAAAGUAUCAGAGGCGCAUGUUUGAUCAGGCUGUCCAAUUAGUUCGUCCAGGCGGAGUAAUUGUGUAUUCAACCUGUACAAUAAACCCUGGUGAGAAUGAAGCUUUGGUUCGUUAUGCUUUGGACAAGUAUAAGUUCUUAACCUUAGCACCGCAGCAUCCAAGAAUUGGGGGACCUGGGCUUGUUGGCCAUUUUGAGUUUGCUGAUCAUUUCGUGGAAGAAUGGUUAAGACCUGGUGAAGAACACCUUGUUCAAAGGUUUGAUCCGUCCUCGCCGCUCGACACCAUCGGGUUUUUCAUUGCCAAAUUUUCUGUUGGCACAAAAGAUUUGGAAGAGUAAGAAAGAUCUUGCAAAUUGUGUUGUGAUCGCAUAACAUUCUUGUUUGAAGUUAAUUUGCCAACUUGCAUUGUUAAAAGGAGCAUUGUUCCCAACACCUUUAUCAAUUUAGUUGUCAUGAAAGUAUUGAUGGGAACUUGAUGUUGAAUUUUGGGACGCAAAUACUUAUAUUCGUUACUUCAGUAGAUCAAAUAAAGUGAUUAUAAGAAGGAUUGCCUAUUUGUAUUAA